AUGUUUCUCCACCAGCUGGUAACUCUCCUGAGCCUGCUCAGUGGGGCCCACCUGCCCACGGGCUCUGGCAAGCCUGGACCCCAAGGUCCCCCAUCUCGGCUCUGGGCUGCCACCAAUCAGACCGGGGUUCGGGGCCGAGGGGUCCCAGGCUCCCAGGUACAAUCCUCUGCCCUCAGCAGCUGGAAGGCCUUUUUGGGCCUGCAGAAAACCGGACGGCUGGGGAGAGGCAGCCUGCAGCGUGGGCCCGAGGCGGCCCCCACCUUGUCUCUGCCACUGGACCCGCACGAAGUGGCCCGGGAGACGUGCAAGGCUGUGCCGUUCACUCAGGUGAUCUCCCAGCCCGGCUGCACAGCAGUUCACCUCCGCAAUCACCUCUGCUUUGGCCACUGCUCCUCCCUCUACGUCCCCAGCGUGGACCCCACCCCGCUCAUCCUUUGCAACAGCUGUGUGCCCGCUCGGAAGCGCUGGACGCCCGUGGUCCUGUGGUGUCGGGCGAGCAGCCCAGGCUCCCGUCGGCGGAUGAAGACAUCCACGGUGCUGGUUGAAGCUUGUCAGUGCAGCCCGAAGGCGUGA